UGUAGUUUAGUUAGCUAGCGUCGCGAGUCGCGAUAAGAGAGAAAGAGAGGGAAAGAGAGGAAAGUAUAGCGUUCUUUAGCUAGGGUUCUUACAAUCUUCCAUUCUUUCUUCCAGCUACUUGCAAUUGGAGCGCUGGAGCGAAUUGCCUAGCGCGAUUUGGAUGGGGCAUUUGCAGGGAUUCGUGUUCUUGAUCGUCGCAUUGCUUCUUCUUGCUCAAUCCAGGGCCGAACUAUUGUCCGGUCAUGCCGAUGUGCUCGCCGGGAUGAUUCGAAAGCCUUGCCAGGGCCGCAUUGGAGAGUGUAGCGACGACGAAUUCGAGCUGAGCUCGCCGCUACUCCGGCGCCUCCUCCAGCAGCAGCAAAAGCAGUACAUCAGCUAUGGCUCGCUCCAGGCCAAUAGGGUUCCUUGCCCGCCGGGCUCCGGGCGCUCCUACUACACCAACAAUUGCAACAGAGCCACCGGCGCGGCAAACCCUACGCAGCGCGGCUGCUCCACAAUCACUCGCUGUCAGCGAGACACAGGCUAGCGGCGUCGCGGAAUCGAUUUGCGGAGGUAUGGUGGGCGAAAUUCCUUUCGAUUGCUAGCUCUGGAAGAGAAUUCUCUCUCGCCUCCUCUUCUAUCUCCUAUAUCUUCUUCGAUUCCUGGGUAUGGCGAGGGAAGUAAAGAUUCUUUGGGCUUGUACUACUGGCUGGCUUAAUAAUCUUCUUCACGACCACAUUGUUGGAGAUCGAGUGUGUCUAUAUGAUCAUACGUUCUUCUUCAUCACUAAUAAAGAGCUCCUUCUUCGUUGUC